GUACAGUAUUGUUCGCUUAGGUCUCAUUCUGCUCGAAGGAAGGAAACACCUGUUAAUUGGCCGCCUUCAUCUGAUUUAUAAGAUUCAUCCUUUUUCAUUCCUCUGCUAGGGUUAAAACAGACUUAGAGCAUGGCUAAUUUACUCGACUUCGGAGUUCUUUUAACUCUUCAGAAAGAUUUCAAAUCCUCUAGAAGCCAAAAUGGACACAGUAAACAGAUUCGAAUUUUAAUUCUAAACGAAAUGGAAAAACUGGAAAAAACCCUCUUCAGACUUGAACAAGGGUUCGAACUACAGUUUCGACUGGGCCCAACUUUACAGGGAAAAGCAGUUACUGUGUAUACAAAUUACCCAUUUCCUGGAGAAACAUUUAAUCGAGGAAAGUUUCGCCCCCUGGGCUGGGAAAAUCCAACAGAAAGAGAAGAUGAUUCUGAUAAAUACUGUAAACUUAAUCUGCAACAGUCUGGUUCAUUUCAGUAUUAUUUCCUUCAAGGGAAUGAGAAAAGUGGUGGAGGCUACAUAGUUGUGGAUCCCAUUUUAUAUGUUGGCUCUGAUAAUCACGUCUUACCCUUGGACUGUGUUACCCUCCAGACAUUUUUAGCUAAGUGUUUGGGACCUUUUGAUGAGUGGGAAAGCAGACUUAGGGUUGCAAAAGAAUCAGGUUACAACAUGAUUCAUUUCACCCCAUUGCAGACUCUUGGACUAUCUAGGUCAUGCUACUCCCUUGCCAAUCAGUUAGAAUUAAAUCCUAACUUUUCAAGACCUCAUAAAAAGUACACCUGGAAUGAUGUUGGACAGCUAGUAGAAAAAUUGAAAAAGGAAUGGAAUAUUCUCUGUAUUACUGAUGUUGUUUACAAUCAUACUGCUGCUAAUAGUAAAUGGCUCCAGGAACAUCCAGAAUGUGCAUAUAAUCUUGUGAAUUCUCCACACUUAAAACCUGCCUGGAUCUUAGAUAGAGCAUUUUGGCGUUUCUCCUGUGAUGUUGCAGAAGGGAAAUACAAAGAAAAAGGAAUACCUGCUUUGAUUGAAAAUGAUCAACACAUGAAUUGCAUUCGAAAAGUAAUCUGGGAGGAUAUUUUUCCAAAGAUUCAACUCUGGGAAUUUUUCCAAGUAGAUGUUUACAAAGCAGUUGAGCAAUUUAAAAGACUUCUUACACAAGAAAAUAGAAGGGUUACCAACUCUGACCCAAACCAGCAUCUUAGGAUUAUUCAGGAUCCUGAAUACAAACGGCUUGGCUGUACUGUAGAUUUGAACAUUGCACUAAGGACAUUCAUACCACAUGACGAUGGGCCAGCUGCAAUUGAAGAAUGCUGUAAUUGGUUCCGUAAAAGAAUUGAAGAAUUAAAUUCAGAGAAGCAUCAACUCACGAACUAUCAUCAGGAGCAGGCAGUUAAUUGCCUCUUGGGAAAUGUGUUUUAUGAACGACUGGCUGGCCAUGGUCCUAAACUAGGACCUGUCACUAGAAAACAUCCUUUGGUUACCAGGUAUUUUACUUUCCCCUUUGAAGAAGUGGCCUUCUCUAUAGAAGAAUCUAUGAUUCAUGUUCCAAAUAAAGCUUGUUUUCUGAUGGCAUAUAAUGGAUGGGUAAUGGGAGAUGAUCCUCUUCGAAACUUUGCUGAACCAGGUUCAGAAGUUUAUUUAAGGAGAGAACUUAUUUGCUGGGGAGACAGUGUCAAAUUACGCUACGGAAAUAAACCAGAGGAUUGUCCUUAUCUCUGGGCACACAUGAAAAAAUACACUGAACUAACUGCGACUUAUUUCCAAGGAGUACGUCUUGAUAACUGCCACUCAACACCUCUCCAUGUCGCUGAGUACAUGUUGGAUGCUGCUAGAAAAUUGCAACCCAAUUUAUAUGUAGUAGCUGAACUUUUCACAGGAAGUGAAGACCUGGACAAUGUCUUUGUGACUAGACUGGGCAUUAGUUCCUUAAUAAGAGAGGCAAUGAGCGCCUCUAACAGUCACGAAGAGGGCCGACUAGUUUACCGAUAUGGGGGAGAACCUGUUGGAUCCUUUGUUCAGCCCCGUUUGAGGCCUUUGAUGCCGGCUAUCGCACAUGCCCUGUUUAUGGAUAUUACCCAUGAUAAUGAGUGUCCCAUAGUGCAUAGAUCAGUGUACGAUGCUCUUCCAAGUUCCACAGUUGUUUCUAUGGCGUGUUGUGCCAGUGGAAGCACAAGAGGCUAUGAUGAAUUAGUACCUCAUCAGAUUUCAGUGGUUUCUGAAGAAAGGUUUUACACGAAGUGGAAUUCUGGAGCAGUGCCAUCAAAUCCAGGUGAAGUUAAUUUCCAGAGUGGCAUUAUUGCAGCCAGGUGUGCUAUCAAUAAACUUCAUCAAGAGCUUGGAGCCAAGGGUUUUAUUCAGGUGUAUGUGGAUCAAGUGGAUGAAGACAUAGUGGCGGUAACAAGACACUCACCCAGUAUCCAUCAGUCUGUUGUUGCUGUAUCUAGAACUGCUUUCAGAAAUCCUAAGACUUCUUUUUAUAGCAAGGAAGUGCCUCAAAUGUGCAUCCCUGGCAAAGUUGAAGAAGUAGUUCUUGAAGCUAGAACUAUUGAGAGAAAUACAAAUCCUUAUAGGAAGGAUGAGAAUUCAAUCAACGGAAUGCCCAAUAUCACAGUAGAAAUCAGAGAACAUAUUCAGCUUAAUGAAAGUAAAAUCGUUAAACAAGCUGGAGUUGCCACAAAAGGGCCCAAUGAAUAUAUUCAAGAAAUAGAGUUUGAAAACUUGUCUCCAGGAAGUGUUAUUAUAUUCAGAGUUAGUCUUGAUCCACAUGCACAGGUAGCUGUUGGAAUUCUUCGAAAUCAUCUGACACAGUUCAGUCCUCACUUUAAAUCUGGGAGCCUUGCAGUUGAAAACUCAGAUCCUAUGUUAAAAAUUCCUUUUGCGUCUAUUGCCUCUAGAUUAACUUUGGCUGAACUGAAUCAAAUACUUUACCGAUGUGAAUCAGAAGAACAGGAAGAUGGUGGAGGGUGCUAUAACAUACCAAAUUGGUCAGCCCUUAAAUAUGCAGGUCUCCAAGGAUUAAUGUCAGUACUGGCAGAAAUAAGACCAAAGAAUGACCUGGGGCAUCCUUUUUGUGAUAAUUUGAGAUCUGGAGAUUGGAUGAUUGACUACGUCAGUAGCCGGCUCAUUUCACGAUCAGGAACUGUUGCCGACGUUGGUAAAUGGUUGCAGGCCAUGUUCUUCUACCUGAAGCAGAUCCCACGUUACCUUAUCCCAUGUUACUUUGAUGCUAUAUUAAUUGGUGCAUAUACCACUCUUCUGGAUAUAGCGUGGAAGCAGAUGUCAAGCUUUAUUCAGAAUGGUUCGACCUUUGUGAAACAUCUUUCGCUGGGUUCAGUUCAAAUGUGUGGAGUAGGAAAAUUCCCUUCUCUGCCGCUUCUUUCCCCUUCACUUGUAGAUGUACCGUAUCGGCUAAAUGAAAUCACAAAAGAAAAGGAGCAAUGUUGUGUUUCUCUGGCCGCAGGCUUGCCUCAUUUUUCUUCUGGUCUUUUCCGCUGCUGGGGAAGGGAUACUUUUAUUGCACUUAGAGGCACACUGCUGGUCACUGGACGCUAUUUAGAGGCCAGGAAUAUUAUUUUAGCAUUUGCUGGCACCCUGAGGCACGGUCUCAUUCCUAAUCUUCUUGGUGAAGGAACGUAUGCCAGAUACAAUUGCCGGGAUGCUGUGUGGUGGUGGCUGCAGUGUGUUCAAGAUUACUGUAAAAUGGUUCCAAAUGGUCUUGACAUUCUCAAGUGCCCAGUAUCCAGAAUGUAUCCUACAGAUGAUUCUGCUCCUUUGCCUGCUGGCACACAGGAUCAACCACUGUUUGAAGUCAUACAGGAAGUCAUGCAAAGACACAUGCAGGGCAUACAGUUCCGAGAAAGGAAUGCCGGUCCACAGAUAGAUCGGAACAUGAAGGAUGAAGGUUUUAAUAUAACUGCAGGUGUUGAUGAAGAAACAGGAUUUGUUUAUGGAGGAAAUCGCUUCAAUUGUGGCACAUGGAUGGAUAAAAUGGGAGAAAGUGACCGAGCGAGAAACAGAGGAAUCCCAGCCACUCCGAGAGAUGGGUCUGCUGUGGAAAUUGUGGGCCUGAGUAAAUCUGCUGUUCGUUGGUUGUUGGAAUUAUCCAGAAAAAAUAUUUUCCCUUAUCAUGAAGUCACAGUUAAAAGAUAUGGAAAACAUGUAGCAGUCUCAUAUGAUGAAUGGAACAGAAAAAUACAAGACAACUUUGAAAAGCUAUUUCAUGUUUCAGAAGACCCCUCAGAUUCAAAUGAAAAGCAUCCGAAUCUGGUUCACAAACGCGGCAUCUACAAAGACAGUUAUGGCGCGUCCAGUCCUUGGUGUGACUACCAGCUGAGGCCUAAUUUUACCAUAGCAAUGGUUGUGGCCCCUGAGCUCUUUACUGUAGAAAAAGCCUGGAAAGCUUUGGAGAUUGCAGAGAAAAAAUUGCUUGGCCCCCUUGGUAUGAAAACUUUAGAUCCAGAUGAUAUGGUUUACUGUGGAAUUUAUGACAACGCCUUAGACAAUGACAACUAUAAUCUUGCUAAAGGUUUCAAUUAUCACCAAGGACCUGAGUGGCUAUGGCCUGUUGGGUAUUUUCUUCGUGCAAAAUUAUAUUUUUCUAGAUUGAUGGGUCCAGAAACUAGUGCAAAGACUAUAUUUUUGGUUAAAAAUGUUCUUUCUCGACAUUAUGUUCAUCUUGAGAGAUCUCCUUGGAAAGGACUUCCAGAACUGACCAAUGAGAAUGGCCAAUACUGUCCUUUCAGCUGUGAAACACAAGCCUGGUCAAUUGCUACUGUUCUUGAGACACUUUAUGAUUUAUAAUUGGUUCAUGGAUAUUUAUUAAGUAUGCAAUCACUUAUGGAAUACAAGGUCAUAAGAUAAUAUAAAUGCCUUAUAUACACAGACUCAAGUCGUUUAUUAUAAUAUUGAUGCCCAAUGAGGUAAGAUUAUGAAAGCAUUGAUUUUUUUGUUUUUGGGGGGUUUGUAGCUUUCCAUUAGAAUUAAAAAGAAACAUUAUAAUUACCAAUGGAAUGUUUCCUUUUGAGGUUAGUAAAUAUUCUAAAAUGCCUAGAAAUGAGUUUGAAAAGGAACAAUCAUCUAAUCUAUUUGUACAUAGGUGAAAAUAAAAUAUGACAAUGUAAUAGUGAAAUGGAAAGGUAUCUUUCAGGGGUGUCCAACCUGUGGCCCAUGGGCCUCAUGCAGAUUACUGAGGCCUAUUUUGCUUACUAUGGUGUCACAUAUUGCAAAAAUUAUGGACAGACCUUUUCUUUCUGCAUAUCAGCUUUCUUUUUUUUUUGCAGUUUCUGGCCGGGGCCGGGUUUGAACCCACCACCUCCGGUAUAUGGGGCUGGCGCCCUACUCCUUUGAGCCACAGGCACCACCCUUUAUCAGCUUUCUUUUAAAAUGGGUGGCCCAAGACAAUGUUGCUUUCUUCCAGUGUGCAGUACAGAAAGGUUGGACACCCCUGUCUUGUGAUAUUGUAUCUUCAGUAACGAUAUGUACUGAAUAAGCUGUGGCUGGUUAAUGUUCUCUCCAUUUACUAUAGUAUUCUUAACACUUUGCUCAUUGCAUUCAGUAAAUAUUUAAUGAAUAUUCAAUGAUGGAAGGUUCCACGUAUAUUCAUAAACGAAACACAGAUGUUCAAAAUACGCUUUUAUUUUUUCACUGACACAUUAAUAUUUUUAAUAUAAUGAAUGCCAGCAGGAUAUUUAACAUAAUUUACUGUGUUAAUGGUGCAUAAGAUGUGUGGAAAAAAUGCAGAGCAUCAGGAAAUUUCCUAAAAACGGUUUUGUAAAAUUAGUCUUAAGUUCUAGUUUUCUUAUAUGAGAUAGUUUACAUUUUUAAAAUGGAAAUUAUUGGACACAUUUAUGAAAAAUUUAAAGAAAAAACAUUAUAAUAAUUUUCUAAACACUUAAACUAUCUUUAGUUUAUGUACAAAAAUCUAUUGACAGAUUAUAGGUACUAGUUUCCCAUUACCCAAAACCUACGUUUACAAAUUUAGCACCAAGAACAGUCUUCAUAAACAUGCAGAUAAUUCAGUCAUUAUCUUGAAUCCAGUAAAAUCAUUUGAAAAGUUAUUGAAAUUUUUUUUAAUUGAAAAACCCAGGCCCGGCCAGGCGUGGUGGCUCACUCCUGUAAUCCUAGCACUCUGGGGGGACGAGGCAGGAAGAUUUCUUGAACUUAGAAGUUCUAGACCAGCCUGAGCAAGAAUGAGACCCUAUCUCUACUAAAAAUAGAAAAAUUAGCCAGACGUUGUGGUGGGCACUUGUAGUCCCAGCCACUCAGGAGGCUGAGGUAGGAGGAUUGCUUCACCCCCAGGAGUUUGAGGUUGCUGUGAAGUAGACUGACACCCUCGACACUCUAGCCUGGGCAAUAGAGUGAGACUCUGCCUCAAAAAAUAUACAUUAAUAACAAAUAAAUAAAUAAAUAACCCAGCUCACGGUGUUGAGAGCACUGAAUCCUAAUUACUGGACCACCAGGAAUUUGUUCAGAUACCUCAAAUUAAAUAUGAAAAGGUCACAAAAGGAAUAAGGUUCCUAACAUUUAUAUGAAUUGACACUUUUGAGUAGUACUACUUUUUUCCUAGAUGGAAGUUGGGUUUUGUUUUUACUGUUUUUGUCUCAAGAAACACUUAAAUUGGAUCAUUCUACUUUCAGUUAGAAGAAAGUAGUUGCAAAAUUCCUUUCCUCACUGUCUAAUAUUACUCAGUCAUUUAUUUAUAGCUAGUAAAAUAAUGGUACAGUAGUACUUUUCUUAGUGAGAGAUCACAUACCAAAUCCUUUAACUGCAGCUAAAAAGAAAAACAAGCCAACUGAAAUGUCUGUGCAGCAAAAACAUGUAUACAUAAUAUAUAAAUCUUGUCAAAUACCUGUGCUUACAAUUUGCUGUAAUAUUACUUGCCCACCCUUCUUCAAAGCUGACCUUCCUUUAGAAACAGUUUUAACUAGCUUAGUUUUCUGGUUUCCCAUCUUUCUUUUUUAUAAUUAAGUCAUAUAUACAUAGAUCGUGAAUACAUUUAUGCCUUUGUGGGAUUCAAUGUGUUAUUUGUACAAAUUGGAGUGCUUACAUCCUACUAAUUAACAUAGCUUUCACCUCAUUUACUUAAUCACAGUGUUAAAACAUUUGUGUUCUAUACUUGAUAGAUUUGACUUGUCUUAAAGCAGAUGAAAUCCUACAAAUUUAAGGACAUUUGUUACAGUAAUCUGAUCACUGUCUGUAGUGGAAGACAUCAGUGGAAACACAUUGCUUUCCAAAUAACCCUUCUUUAAUUUCUUCUUUGCUCAAUACAGGUAUAAACUUCUCUAAACCAUAGAGGCAAAAGGAGUGACCUCCCUUGAGAGAACCACUAGUUCAUCAAAGGUUUAUAUAGUUCUUAUGCUGUACCCUAACUUUUAUAGUAAAGGAGGUAUGAGCAAUAACAGAAAACAUAAUUAGCCAAAGCAAGAACUAAUAGCUGACAAUUAAAUAUGACCAAAAAAUAAACAAGUUGAUGAUUUAAAAAAUAUAGCCACAGGCCGGGGGCAGUGGCUCACGCCUAUAAUCCUAGCACUCUGGAAGGCCGAGGCGGGUGGAUUGCUUGAGCUCACGAGUUCAAGACCAGCCUGAGCAAAAGCAAGACCCCGUCUCUACUAAUAAUAGAAAAACUGAGGGAAGAGGAUCACUAGAGCCUGAGUCGGAGGUUGCUGUGAGCUAUGACGCCACGGCACUCUACCAAGGGCAACAGCUUGAGAUUCUGUCUAAAGAAAAAAAUAUAUAUAUAUACACACACAUACAUAUAUAUAUAUAUGUACCCAUCCAUAUUGGGUUAUCUAUAGCAGAGCAAAUAAAUACCCACCUUGGUAAAUUUAUAGAAUCUUUGGUUGUACUAGAAAACUAAGUGUUAUAUUCCUAAUGAGGAAUAUUAAUACAAGAACAUUGUUAUAUUCUGCAUGGUCUGUUUUAAAGUUUAAGAAGGCAUGUUACACAUUGUUCCAUCCACUGUAGUUAUAAUAACAAUUUUAGACUUUAGAAGGAAAACUCAUUUGACUAAAGAACACUUAUGCUUCAUUUUUUAGUGAUAGUGGACAAAAUAUUAUAUUACAUUUCGACAGUGGCCUGUGCCUUGAUUUUUAACUAAUCCAAAUCAAUCUCACUCUUUAAAAUGAGAAGUAAACUUGCCAGUUUAACAAGUAUGCUGUGGUUUUUAAUAAGUUUUUAAGGAUAAUUAAGGAAACACCAAACCUGUCAUCAUAUUUAUCAAUACUGUAACAUGUGAGUUGUCGUCCAUUUCUGAUAUGUCUAAGCUGCUCUGGAUAGUGGGCAAAUGUCAGUUAUGUCUGUGUGCCGGGAAAAUAAAAAUCUUUUCUAAAGGACCAUA